AGCUACCUCACAUUCUAAAAAUCUUUCUCUCUCUUUGAUUCUGCAAACUAAGGUGAAGAAGGCAAGAACUAACAUUUCAGACAUGGCUGAAGAGGAGGGACAAGUCAUUGCUGUUAAGACCGUUGACUCGUGGAAAGACCAUUUUCAGAAGGGAAAGGACUCCAAAAAACUUGUUGUGGUGGAUUUUACUGCUUCCUGGUGUGGUCCAUGCCGUUUUAUGGCCCCAAUUCUUGCAGAGAUUGCUAAGAAGACGCCUCAUGUAAUCUUCCUCAAGGUGGAUGUGGAUGAACUGAGUAGUGUUUCUGAGGAAUGGUCCAUUGAGGCUAUGCCAACCUUCUUGUUCUUGAAAGAAGGUGAGCUGGUGGACAAGGUUGUGGGUGCUAACAAGGAUCAGCUGCAGGCAACCAUAGCGAAGCAUGCUGCUUCUACUGUUGUUACUUCUACUGUUGUUGCUUGAAGUGAAGUACCAUCAGCAUCACAUGAGGAAGAUCAACUACAACAAUAAAACAUUUUAAUAUGUUCUUUUCAGUGUGCAUGUUUUCUCUAUCUAUGGCUAUGCAGUUUGCAGAACAUGAGUAACAGAAUAAAAUAAAUUGUUGUGUUGCCUUCUAUUUACAUGAAAAUAAAUGGAAAUUGAAGUACUAA